AUGGAGAUAGAAACACAACAGAAUCCGUGCAGCGGGUUAUACGAAUGGCAGUACUUGUUGAACAAAAGUGUCAUGACACUAUUCGAACUCAUGCAAGUAAUUGAAGGACGUAAAUCGUUUUUGCAAAAGGUCGAAAGCAACGAUGUCAACCGAGAAGAUAUUUUAAAGCAUAUAGAAUCCGAGUCAAAAUUACUGGAUACCUUGCAACACAAUAUCGAAGUAAUAGCACAACACUCGUGUGGUUGUUAUACACUAACUGUUAUACUUCGUUCUCGAGUGGGAGAAAUGCAGUCUGAUGAUACCAGAAUAUUAGAUAUACUGAUCAAUCGCAUCGACUUCUUGUAUUUUAGUAUGCUACAAAUGUUCCCCAUUCGUUUGUCUUCAAUGAAACAAUACUUAAAAUUUCGUUCAGAUCACAAAUCAUACAUCAAAGACACGACUUUUUUGCGUAAACUAAUGUCGAGUAAACACAAUGAUCCGGAAGUGUACAAAAUAACCGCUUUGUUUGAGUAUUAUAAUAUGAAUGAUGUGUAUUCCGCUAGACUGAGUUUUUCAGAAGGGUUGAAAUAUCACAAGCAUUGUAAAAGACUACAUGUUGACAAUUUUAUUUUAGAAGUCCAGUGCAAUGAAGAUACUAGUAGUACAUCAUUUCCUAUAGCUUUGAGCACAUAUAAAAAUGCCAUCAAAUGUUUCAAAGGUGACUUGGAGUUUCAUUUUACAUUGUUAGAUGCAGCAAUAGAAGGUUAUUCAGUUACGGAAUUACAUUAUUGUAUCGUAAGGGAUAUGAUCAAGGAAUACAAAGGGCAUGAAAAAAUGUGGCAAAAGUUGGCUAUAAUUAACUUAAAUGGUUUUAUCUUUGAUUCCGAAUUAGAAUGUGUGUGCUUUGACCUGCAAUGUGGACGUGGACUUACAUAUACUUUUAAAGCAUUUGAUGAUGGUUUGAAAGAAAUUCAGUCACCCGUGAAACGUAAAAUACUAUGGAAUAUGUUCGUUGAGCAUGUAAUCAAUGUUUGGAAACAAUUUGGUGUGAAAGAUGAAGGAAUUGCUAUUUUUGUGAAUGAUAAUGUGAAACGAGUAUUUCAAGCAGCGUUUGACGAAGGAUUUUUGUAUAAAGCAGAACAUUAUGCUUAUUGGGUAACCUUUAUGAAUCAUAAUUACUAA